CUUCCUCUUUCAACACUAAUUUUUUCAGUUAUCAGCAGUAUAUGUGCGUGCUGCCCAGAGUUGUACUUUUGUACUCCCAUCUCCUUGCAAAGGUACAAGAGUGCUUAUCCCGGCUCAGAAUCAGGGAGCCAUAUUUCCAAAGCUCACCUUGAUGAACAUACUGAGAUAUUCAAGAUGGGCAGCAAUAGUACCAGCACUGUUGAGAGUAAUUGCGGUGUCACAAAUCUGACAUUUCAGUACUCUCUGUAUGCAACCACCUAUACCUUCAUAUUCAUCCCUGGUCUCCUGACUAACAGCGCAGCCCUGUGGGUUCUGUGGCGCUUCAUCAGCAAGAAGAAUAAGGCCAUCAUUUUCAUGAUCAACCUUUCCGUGGCAGAUCUUGCUCACAUCCUGUCCUUACCUCUCCGGAUUUACUAUUAUAUCAACCGUUACUGGCCAUUCCAGAAGGCACUUUGCCUGCUCUGCUUCUAUCUGAAAUAUCUCAACAUGUAUGCCAGCAUUUGCUUCCUGACAUGCAUCAGCCUUCAGAGAUGCUUCUUUCUCCUCAAGCCAUUUAGAGCCAGAAACUGGAAGCGUAGGUACGACGUAGCCAUCAGUGUUGCCAUCUGGGUCGUCGUGGGGACUGCUUGUUUGCCAUUUCCCAUCCUGAGAAGUGCUGGCUUAGCUAAUAACACAGAAUUCUGUUUUGCUGAUCUUGGGUACAAACAGAUGAACGCAGUGGUUAUGGUCACUAUGAUCACAAUUGCAGAGCUGGCUGGAUUUGUGAUUCCAGUGAUCAUCAUCGCAUGUUGUACCUGGAAAACAACUAUAUCCUUGAAACAGCCACCGAUUGCUUUCCAAGGAAUUAGUGAGAGGAAAAAGGCAUUGCGGAUGGUUUUCAUGUGUGCUGCAGUCUUUGUCAUCUGCUUCACUCCUUAUCACAUUAACUUCACAUUUUACACCUUGGUAAAGGAAAGUAUCAUUACCAGUUGUCCCAUUGUCAAAAGUACACAGUAUUUCCAUCCUUUCUGCCUGUGCCUUGCAAGUCUAUGCUGCCUUUUGGACCCAAUUCUUUAUUAUUUCAUGGCUUCAGAAUUUCGUGACCAACUAUCUCGCCAUGGCAGCUCCGUUACCCGUUCUCGUCUCAUGAGCAGGGAGAGUGGUUCAUCAAUGGUUAGCUAAAAUGAAAUAAUUCUUCAGUUAUUAUUCUCUUUACCUAUGCUGUUUGGCCUGUUCCAAAGGUAGAAAUUGCCAGACAAACAAUUUCUUUAAUUGAACAUUGGAAAUAGCAAAAAUAAAUUUUACUGUGUGAUGGUUGUGGUCACAGGGUUGUGCCCCACACAUGAUCAAGGCACAAUGUUAAAAAAUUGGGGAAAAGAAAGGAAAAUGGGAUCCAUCUGCUUCUAAUUUAAAAUUCAUGGCAUUUUAUUAAUUACAAGUCCCAGACCAAGAUUUUACAGAUGUUUCCAACCAAAUAUAAGUUGAAUGUGUGUAUUUAAAAUUGUCUUUUGUAAAUAGAAAAGCCCUGAAACUCAUGAUGUAUAUUAAUCUUUACAGAAACGUAAAUGUCUUCCAUGAAAUAAUUUUAUUUCUGAGUGGAGUAUAAAUUUCAAGUCUUUCUAAGACAUAAAACACAGGUGAAGUGACACAAAAAGUUAAAGCAGUCAAUCUGCACUGGAAUCUUGCUACUGAAUGAAAGGCAUGUAAAUUCACUCCUUGAGCAUUUAUAGAUGUUUAUCAUGUUCUGAACUGGUAAUUUCCUAUAUAUUUUUAAAUAUAACAUGUCUUCUUACCUUUCUAAUAGAAGUGACAAAAACGUGGAAAAGCAAAUAAAAAGGCAUAAAUGUAAUAUCAGAAAGGUUAAAUAACUUGUCUCAGAAUUAACAGUUAAUUAUACAUGACAUAUGCUUAUAUUAUUUAUUCCCUCUGCUUAUGCUUUUAUAUGUAUUAUUUCAAUACUAAGUUUGAGCUGAAUGCUGAAGACACAAACUGAAGAUAAGCACAAAAGAUAAAGAUCAUUUUAACACAAUUUUCUUAGUCUCUUUGGAAAAUCCACAGGAUGUGGAUUAGCAUAAUUCUGACAAUAGAGCCUUCUAUGAUAAAUAUUUUGUCUUAAUACCGUAAGGAUCUGCAUAGUCUCGAUGAGAAGUCCAGUAGCUCAAAGUCAAUCUUACUGGUCAAUGUAAGUCAUGCAAAUACCAUAAAUAGAAGGCUAGAAAAAAUGAGUUACAUUUUAGGAAAUGUAGGUUGCUGUUUUAAAAUUCUCUCAUUUUUAAAUUCAUAAAUAUUACUACAUGUCACCAAGCAAAAUAUCAAGAUUUUUCAGUUAUCAAAACUCACAGAAUUACAUUAGAAAGAGCGAAGUAUCAUCAUAUUGUGAAUAAAUAUGACAGGAAUAUGUGAGCUUGUUUUAUUUUUUUCUGAAUGCUGUAGAUAUUAGUUUAAGUAUUCUUGUAGAGGAUUUAAAUACAUGGGACUCCUCAGCUUCUCAGGUUGACAAUUCACUGGUAUUUUAGGUCCAAAAUUUACAUAGACAUUUGGUGUGCAUGCAAGAGAAGGAAGUGACAGUCCCUAUAACAUGACUUUGUGUAGACUACCUAAGGAAGAGGAAGAGACCACCAAAAGGAGGAAUAAA